AAGGUGCAACAAAUAUUUCAAGAAAAUCAGCAAUUAGAGAACAUAUAAAUACUGAAGAUCAUAAUAAUGCAGAAAAAUUAGAAAGUUCAAGAAUACAUAUGGAAUCAUUACAAAAAGAAUUCAUUUCUUCUAAUGCAAAUACAAAUCAUAUUAUUUGUGUAAUGCGAACUGUUUAUUUUUUAGCAAAAAAAAAUUUGGCUCUUAAACUUUUACUAUCAGUUGUUGAAUUAUUGAAAGAAUCAGGUUCAUCAGAUCUUUUUAAUAAUGAUGGACAAGAAUUAUAUAAGCAACUAGCAUUUUUAUUUUACUUUUACGAUAUUUUAGAACAUGUAACACAAUUGAGUAAAUUUUUACAAAAAAGAAAUUUAAAAUUUUCUGAUAUUGAUCCUAUGAUACAAGCUACAAUUCAUUCUAUUCAAAAGGAGUAUAUUCUAAUAGAUCAAAAUCAAAGAUUUGGACAAAAUGUUCAAAUAUUUAUAGACAAAACUAAUCUAUUUGAAAAUUCUUUAAUAACAUAUUUGGACAAUAACCUUUCUUUUAUUGAACAAGAUUACGAUGAAUUUAUAAUGGAUGUAUAUGAUUAUUCAACAAAUGUUAUUAAUGAACUUCAGCAUAGAUUUCCUAAUCGGCAAUUAUUUACUUCUAUGAAAAUAUUAAAUCCACGUGAAUGGCCAAAUAAUCCUCAAGAAUUAUUAUUUUUUGGAGAUAAUGAUCUAAAAAUUUUAUUAAAGUAUUUUGAGUGA